AUGUCUUCCCCACAGUCCUCUAUACUGGUUAGCAUAUACACGCUUGGGGCCAUUGCAUUCGAUCGUUAUGGUGCUGUUAUGUUUCCAAUGGCGCACAACACAUCAAGACAGAAGAAAGCUGGAACAGUUAUGAUUAUAUGGGUGCUCUGCUUUUUGUAUUCAGUCCCAUUAGCCAUUUUCAAGACGUAUGAGGUUUUUCCAAAUGGACACACCACUGUCGCGAUAUGUUAUGACGACUGGCCAGGAAACUGGUAUGUAGUAUACGAGUGGAUAUCAUUUGCGGUUUCCUACGUUCUGCCUCUUCUAGCAAUAUCUAUUCUCUAUGCGCGUAUGGGCAAAAUGCUACGUGGUCACAGAUCACCAGGACAACAAGAUGAUACAAGAUGCUUAAGACAAAGAAGAGCUAUUCGAAAGGCCGUCAAUAGUCUUAUUGCAAUAGUGCUGUUAUUUGUUGUAUGCUGGCUACCUGUUAAAGUAUAUGGCUUACUUAUACCCAUAUAUGAAAGGGACCGAUACCUCGAAAACCAGCAGUUCAAAAUGGCGUUCAAAUGUACAUUAUAUAUAUGGAUCCUUAUAUCAGAUUGCAUAUUCAAUCCCAUUGUGUAUGUACUCCUGAGUGACAAGUUCCAGGCUGACGUUAAGAAAUUGUGUUGCCGGUGCGUGGGUACUCAUAAUUUGGAACAACCGUACAUACAGGUGGCAAGAUCAUCAGCAAGUACAACCGCAGCAAAUACUACAGCAGUGGAAUUGGAGAAAUAUACGGUGAAAGUGGAGUGA